UUGUUCUAUCUGUGCCACCACCGUAAUUCUGAGUCGUAGGCUAUGAAACAGGAAACGCACUGGAUAUGGUACAGUAUUUGUAUAAUAUCAAUCGUUUUGCAUUGCUCGGACAGCAAUAACGAACGAAUGCGGACAGACAGGUGAGACUGAGUGCAGCGAUGAUUCACGAAGGAAAUAUCCUGACUACUUAUAUCCUCUUCAUCUGAUGUUGAUGCUAUUAACGUCACUGGCGUGAUUUUCAAACUGAAUGAUAGAAGAACGCAGUAAACAAGGCAAGGCCAUGGUGGAGAGGAGACAACUCUUCAUGGAGAUGAGGGGACAAAACUUUGACGUCAUCAGACUGUCAACCUAUAGGACGGCCUGCAAGCUAAGAUUCGUGCAGAAAAGAUGCAACCUGCACCUGGUAGAUGUGUGGAACAUGAUCGAGGCGUUCCGUGACAGCGGUUUGAACACACUGGACCACAACGCAGAGAUUAACGUGUCUAGACUGGAGACCAUCUUGUCCUCCAUCUACUACCAGCUCAACAAGCGUCUUCCCACCGUGCACCAGAUCAACGUAGAGCAGUCCAUCAGUCUGCUCCUCAACUUCAUGGUGGCUACAUAUGACAGUGAAGGCCACGGGAAGCUGAGCAUUUUCUCGAUGAAGUCAAUGUUGGCGACUAUGUGUGGAGGGAAAAUAGUGGACAAACUACGUUGUAUCUUCUCCCAGAUCUCUGACUCUAAUGGUGUGAUGGCCUUUGCUAAGUUUGACCAGUUUCUUCGUGAAGUUCUGAAGCUGCCCACAGCUGUGUUCGAGGGCCCGUCGUUUGGAUACACAGAACACGCCGUACGGACAUGCUUCCCUCAGCAGAAGAAGAUCUUGCUGAACACGUUUUUGGACAUUCUGAUGGCAGAUCCUCCCCCCCAGUGUCUCGUGUGGCUACCUCUCAUGCAUCGACUUGCUAAUGUUGAAAAUGCCUUCCAUCCCGUGGAAUGUUCUUAUUGCCGGAGUGAAAGUAUGGUGGGGUUCCGUUACCGGUGCCAACAGUGCCAUGGCUACCAACUCUGUCAAAGCUGCUUUUGGCGUGGCCAUGCCAAUGGUCCCCAUAGCAACCAGCAUCAGAUGAAGGAGCACUCCUCUUGGAAGUCUCCAGCUAAAAAGCUAAGUCACGCCAUCAGUAAGUCUCUGGGCUGUGUCCCCAUUGGAGAGCUACCUCACCCAGUGUUCCCUGAGCAGUUAGAGAAACCCCAGGACAGCGUGCCACACACUGUUCAGCCGAAGCCAGUAGCCAACAACAUGAACAACACAAUGUUCAUGUCCUCUGGUGUACCUACUCCUACUCAAAGUGUCUUAGAGAGUCCCAGCAGGCUAGAAGAGGAGCAUCGUCUCAUUGCUCGCUAUGCAGCACGCCUUGCAGCAGAGGCAGACAACUCCACAGUGAGUUGCUCCACACAAUGUCCUCCAACCGAUCUGAGUUUCAACUUAGAUGCCAACAAACAACAGAGGCAGCUAAUAGCAGAACUAGAAAACAAAAACAGAGAGAUCCUCCAGGAGAUCCAGAGGCUACGUCUGGAGCAUGAGCAGGCCUCCCAGCCCACCCCAGAGAAGGCCCAGCAAAACCCCACACUGCUGGCUGAACUCAGGCUCCUUAGGCACAGGAAGGAUGAGCUGGAGAGGCGCAUGUCAGCCCUACAGGAGAGCAGACGGGAACUGAUGGUCCAGCUAGAGGGACUGAUGAGGUUACUGAAGGCCCAGACAGGAGGCUCAACCCACUCCUCCCCCAGCCACGGGGCAGUCUGCUCCAUGCCCAUGCCGAUCCGCUCCACCUCAGCUGGGUCCACCCCCACCCACACACCCCAGGACUGCCUGGCCGGGUUGGGGGGCGACGUGCUGGAGGCCUUCGCUCAGGGUGUACCUAGAAAUCUUCGUAAUGAUCUGUUGGUCGCUGCAGAUUCAAUCACAAACACCAUGUCAUCACUUGUCAAAGAACUCCACUCAGUAGAUGAUGCUGCAGAGGAAGAGGACAACCAGAUGAGGAACGGAGGCCUAAGGGACAGGCGUGAGGAGGACAACCGGAUGAGGAACGGAGGCCUAAGAGACAGGGCAGAGGAUGAGGACAACCAGGCACAGUGAGAGAUCUAAAACAUCAACAACCUCCCCAAACACCACUCCAUUGAUCUAGACAGGAUGUCAGACUGGAGAAGAAGAAUCAGAAUGAGAAUCUGCCACACCGACCAAACCCUUCUAUCAGGAAUUAGCACGUAGAGUAAUGCAUGCUGUUAUCAAACAGGAUUUCACUGUGUGAACUCUUAUUCAACAUGUUUGAUACACCUUGCUGUGGGAUGUCUGUUGGCAAGUGUAUAUGUCAUUCUGUAUAAAAACUUGAAGCUGUAAUUAUUAUGUAAUGACUGAUUCCCCCUGUCAUGACUGCAAGGGUCAAAUGUCUAAGGAAUGGCUUCCUGUGCUUUCUCUCAAUCUGUCUUGUUAAUAACAGAUCACCCUGUGUGCAUCAUAAAUGGCAGGUGCACUACAUAGGGAAUAAGGUGCCAUUUUGUGCACUACAUAGGGAAUAGUGUUCCAUUUGGGAUGCUACCUCUAUCUGCAUAAACUGUACAUAUUAUAUUAGACCUUGGGAACACAGCACUGACCAUAACCUGAAAACAACCUAUUUUCACCAUGACAUGUUCCCCGGCCAUCCUUGCCUUUGUAUGAUUACAGAUCACUUGCUAGUGUGCUUUCAUUAGGGGUUUUGCAUGAAGUUGCACUGUCCUGAGUCUGACUGGGUGUACUGUAGGUUGGUAGGUACCAUGUUAUCCCAACUCUUUGUGGGUUUAUCAGUGCUUCUCAACCUGCGGUCCCCGGGCCAGCACUGGUCCUUGGGGUGUUGCUGAUUGGUCCCUCAGAUAGUGAGUGGACACUGAUUUAGUCAGUUCUCAAGUGUUAGAUUAAAACUAAGUGGUCUUCAAAGGAGGAAGGACUAUAGCUGGUCAUUGCCGGUCCCUGGUACACAAAAGGUUGAGAAACACUUGGUUACGAUGACUGCUGGGAUUUGUAGUCAUGUAUGUUGUCAUGCCUCAUAAUUCACAUUGAUUAUGUCCCAAAUGGCCCAUAGGGCUCUGGUGAAAAGUAGUGCACUAUAUAAGGAAUAGGGUGCCAUUUGUGGGACGUAACCAUUGAGUCGCAUAAUGCUGCUACUAUGUGCUCACUCUGCCGCGAGACACCGUUUUGCAAAAAUAUGAGGGUUGUUUGGUUGUAGGGAGCCUAUGGGGGCUGUUGUUUAUUUUAAUCAGGGAAAUGUCCCGUUGUUAGAAUCGGAUUUAUUCUUCUCAUAGUUAAUAUUUUAUAGAAACAAAACAAAGUGAGAGAAGCUACUAAAUGUAUUUUAAAGUGCAUUUAAAACUCUA